AUGGCCCUUCCCCAGGGCCCAGAAGGUGACAGCCUCCCCACGGGGGACCCCAAGCCCGCGGGGGACCCCAAGCCCGCUGAGGACACUGCAGGGCCCAGCCAGGCCCCUGCCAGCACAGCAGCCACCAGGCGGCGGGCGCUCCUGCAGGAGCUAGAGGCCCAGGUGCAGGCGGCCUACGGGCAGGUGAGGACCCCCAUUCUCCUGUGCCGGGUGCCAAAAACAGGGGAAGGUGAGAGGGGCCACUGCCCCAGCUCAUGGCGGGCUCUGCUGCAGGACAGCUGGCAGUGGCUCGGUUCCCCCCCCCAGGGGACUCCCGCCACACUGGGCCCCAGCCUCAGCCCCGAGAAGCAGGGGGACCCUGGGCCGGGCGUCCAGGGCUACUCAGUGCUCAACAGCCUGGUGGGGCCCGCCUGCAUCUUCCUGCGGCGUAGCAUCGCUGCCACCCAGCUCGACCGGGAGCUGCGGCCAGAGGAGAUUGAAGGUAAAGGGUUUGGGAAAGAACUGGAGUUUCUGGAGGGGGGAAAGGGACACGAACCAGACGGGAGGGCAGAGAGCAAAAGGAGGGCCAGGGCUGGGCAGGGGUCUCUGAUGGUCUCUGAUGAGCAUGGCCCCCCAGGUGGUGGGAAGGUGGACUUUGACGACUUUGUGGAGCUGAUGGGCCCCAAGCUGCUGGCAGAGACGGCAGACAUGAUUGGUGUCAGGGAGCUGCGGGACGCCUUCCGAGAGUUUGACACCAACGGGGAUGGCUGCAUCAGCUUGAGUGAGCUCCGGGCAGCCCUCAAGGUCCUGCUGGGGGAACGCCUCAGCCAGCGGGAGGUGGAUGAGAUCCUCCAAGACAUUGACCUCAACGGGGAUGGCCUGAUUGACUUUGAAGAGUUUGUGCGAAUGAUGUCUCGCUGAGCCUGCACAGAAGCUGGAGGCAGCAGAGAGGACUUGGGACCACAGCCACUGCCCACCAGUGUGUUCCCGGAAGCCCAUAGCCUCAGCUGGCCCCCUGCACCUCUCCUCUCCGCCUGUGUGCAAUGCCCUUGUCUGCCUGCACCCCCAUCCCCACCCCCACUCCUCCACCAAGCCCCUUGCUCAUUUCUGUUUGUCUGACAAUAAAGUACCU